AUGCAGUCCGUUGCCGUCAGUGGGAAACUGAUCUGCAACGGUCAGCCAGCCGCAGGAGUCAAGCUCAAGCUCUACGAGAAAGAAUUCAGUUAGUCUCUAGAAGUUCAUGUAGAAUUUUGAUUAAUUUUUAAAAGAUGAUCACAAAAACUGCAAAAAGCGGAGUGCGCCUAUAAUUAAGACGCACAGUGUAUAAAAUGACAGUUUUUUUCGAAAAAAAUUUACAGAAACUUUAUAUUCAACUUUUUUUCAAUUUCAAGCUCAGAUCUUGAAUCAGUUUCCAUCAUAAAAAAAUCAAAAUUAUCGUUUUUUUACUAGUGUCGACCAGACUCCGUUUCCCCGACCAGAAGUUGGAUGUAAAGAUUAUUAUUAGACCCAAGAAAAAAAGUUUCUUGGGGCUUCAAAAGUUUCAAAUUCCGAGGGAAAUGAAUUUCUUUUGUUAUCAAUCGUUGAAAAAAAUUUUUGGGAAUCAUUUAUUUUUUUGAAACUAAAACUUUAAAAAACGAAAUUAAGUCUUUCCCAGCAUACAUGGGCAAGGUCCGGACGUGGUUAGUCAGAAAAAGAGGUUGAUAAUAAAAUAUUUUUAUAUAAUGGCCCUGAAAUUUUUGUCUGCCCAUUUAUAUUUUUUUCAGUAAUGACACUUUUUUUGACCGGAAGAAUUUAAUAACGAAUUUUUGAAAAUGUUCAGUUCUCGACAGCCUCUUGGCCAGCGGCUCAACUGAUCAGUUUGGAACGUUCCGUCUGACGGGAUAUCGACGCGAAAUCUCAACAAUCGACCCGAAAUUGAACAUCUAUCACACAUGCAACUAUGGAGGGGUUAGUCUCAUGGAAAUUUUCAACUAAUUAUUUGCAAAAAAAUUUUUAUUAGCCACAAAAAAGCCUUGCAAAAAAAUUAAUUUCGAGGUGAUACCAUGAUCUAAGUGAUUCUGAAAUGGUAGUUGAGAAUUUCCUGUUUGACCAGAACACUCCUUGAUGUUCCAGAUAAAGCGUCUGAAAGUCUCAAUAUGCACAACUCCCUAGUUUUCGAGAAAUAGGGCUCAAAGCUAAAAAAAAUAGUCAAUUUCAACAGAUUCCAGCGUUUUCAUUGACUCUGCGGCUAUUCUGGAAGUUGUGCAGGACUUUUAGGACCUUCAUCUGGUACAUCAAGAAGUGUUCUGGUCAAUUUUCAGAAAUUCCCAACUGCAAAGUGAAAUGACCUUAAUUGUGAGAUGAAUGAAAAAAGUUUGCUGCUUUUUUAUCCUUUCUCAUGAUAUAAAAGAAAAUCAAUUUGUUCAGUUAUGCUACAAAAAGGUUGGUAUCACCAUCCCAGACAGCUACAUUUCCCGUGGCAAGACUCCAGCGAAAACUUACGACAUUGGAACGCUGAACUUGGCCAACAAGUACAACGGAAUGACUACUGAUUGCUUGAAUUGA